CGUCGCCCUCGACCGACAAGCAGAUUUCUUGUAUUCCGAUCUACACCAUCAAUCUGACAUAACCGUGACAAACACCGGGCCGACGCGUACCACUGAACUCGAACUGAGCGUAUCGCUACAGCAACCCCACACCCUCCCCCUGGUUUCGUGAGCUCAACAAGCGCUCGGAACUAUGUCGCGGAUACGAGACGUAUGGUCCGUCAACCUAGAGGCCGAGAUGCGUACCAUCCGCGACCUUGUUGACUCAUAUCCCUACAUUGCCAUGGACACCGAGUUCCCGGGCGUCGUGGCGCGGCCGAUCGGGUCGUUCAAGACGUCGUCGGACUACCACUACCAGACGAUGCGGUGCAAUGUCGACCUGCUGCGCAUCAUCCAGGUCGGCAUCACGCUCGCGGACGAGGAGGGCAGCUUCCCGCAGGACGCGGCGACGUGGCAGUUUAACUUCCGGUUCAGCCUUGCGACCGACAUGUACGCGCCCGAGUCAAUCGAGCUGCUCCAGAAGUCAGGGUUUGACUUUGCCCGGCACGAGGAGUAUGGGAUAGACCCCAAUGACUUUGCCGAACUCAUGAUCACUUCCGGGCUCGUCUUAAACCCAGAUGUGAAGUGGUUGUCCUUCCACAGUGGAUAUGACUUUGGCUACUAUGUCAAGCUUCUCACCGCCCAGUCGUUACCAUCAGCAGAAGACGUGUUCUUUGACGAGCUUAAUAUGUGGUUUCCACAUGUAUACGACAUAAAAUUCAUGAUGCGGGCGUGCAAGUCACUGAAAGGUGGGCUCCAGGAUAUCGCAGAUGACCUUGGUGUCCUGCGGAUAGGAACUUCCCAUCAAGCUGGCUCGGAUUCACUUCUCACUGCAUCCGUCUUCUUCAAGAUGCGCGAACUCUUCUUCGAAGACCAAAUCGACGACGACGAGUACAGCGGCAAGCUGUAUGGCCUCGGCCAGACCUUCACCUCACCAAACGGCAUGGUGGAUCCGGGCCGGAACGGCGCGACGAUCGCCGAGCGAGAAGACCGUGCGGUGCCGCUCGCCACUGCCGCCGCAAACGUCGCAGCGGCAGCAGCAGCUGCUGGCAUUGGCAUGCGCGAUGGGCGGAGCGGCACGCCAGCACCGGGCAGCGCCGGUCUUGGCGGAGGCGGCGGCGGGCAACACGUGAUGGGUAUGGGCAUGGGCAUGGGCUCGUUGCCGACGCCCGCGCUUGGUGGCGCGAUGCCAACUCCUCUGCCGGCGGGCUCAGCGUAUGGCCCGAUGAGCGCGAACGCGCAGUACAUCCGGACGUCCAUAGUCGGUGGGCGCUAGGUAGUUUAAUAUAGACAGGCAGCCAUGCGUCGCGUCGCGUUGGAUCGAGCGCGCGGCUGCCUGUUGGGCGGUACUCAGACCACACGUGUAUUUAUCUUUACUAUCAGAUUGUAUCAAU